AUGGCGCGUCAAGUAGCUGGCAAGACCAGCAUGGGGCGUGAUGACUUCAUUAUGACAAUGGACUCGGACGAUGAAACGCCAAAGCAGGAAACGUCUGCGCCCAAAAAAGAGGUUGUGCGUCCUGGGAAAAAGGUCAAGGCACGUAUUAGUGAGCGCGAGAAAAUUGUGGACGAUGGACGCAGCGCGCCAGCGCGCCGUGGCCAAGGUGACGAUGAGGGCCUUGAGAUGGACGCUAUUGACUUUGAUGUGGAUGAUCUGCAGAACGUCGAUGGUGCGUCCGGCUGGAACUUUCAUGUGCAAGGUGCCGCGGGCGCCCACAGCGCGGAGGCGUCGGGCCUGACUGUUGACGAUAUUAUUGAGCGGCACCGCGGUGCUGUGAAAGUGCCUCUGGCGUUGCAAGAAAUGGAGAGCGAUGAUGAUGAUGACGCCGAGGCGGCGAUGGCCGGCGCGAACGAGCUGGACGACAGCGAUAGUGACGACGAGGGCUUCGGCGCUGGGGCUCGUGCUGCGAAGCGCAAGGCUGCCGAGGAUGAGGCGGACGAGAGCGAGAGCGAGGGACGUGAGGAUGAGGAUCCCUUGGAUGAUGAUGAUGACAAUGUGCAGGACGAGGAGGAGGACGUGGACGAUAGCGCGUCUGAUGUUUCUGACACCACUCGUGCCCGUCAAGAUGCCUACUUUGCCAAGGAGCAGCCGUCGUCGACUGCCCAAGCUACUUCUUUCGCAUCGCUGCAACUCAAUCGAGCGCUGCUUCGUGGUCUUGCUGCCCUCAAUUUCCAGAAACCGACGCCCAUUCAGGCCCGUACGAUUCCCAUUGCGUUGGCCGGCAAAGACAUUGUUGCUGGCGCUGUGACUGGUAGUGGUAAAACCGCUGCGUUUUUGAUUCCGAUCUUGGAGCGUCUCUCGUACCGGCAACGUGGCGCUGAGGAUGCGAAGAGCCGCGUGGUAGUGCUGUGUCCUACACGUGAAUUGGCCAUCCAGUGCCACAGUGUCGGCAAAGCACUGGCCAAGUUUAUGGAUGUGCGAUUCUGUCUGUGUGUCGGUGGUCUAUCACUCAAGGCCCAGGAAGCGGAACUGAAACUCCGGCCGGAUGUUAUUGUCGCAACACCCGGUCGUUUGAUUGAUCACAUGCGCAACAGCUCGUCGUUUGGCAUGGAAGACAUUGAGAUCCUUGUCAUGGACGAGGCCGAUCGUAUGCUUGAGGAUGGCUUUGAAGAUGAGCUUAAUGAGAUCGUGCGUACGUGCCCCACCAAGCGGCAGACCAUGCUGUUCUCUGCUACAAUGACGGAAGAUGUCGACCAGCUUGUCCGGUUGAGUCUUCAGCAGCCUGUGCGCUUGUUUGUGGACCCGAAGCGCUCUACAGCCGCGAAGCUUGUGCAAGAAUUUGUGCGUGUGCGAACCCCUUCGCAUUUGACAGGGCGCGAGAAGCAGGUCGCAGAAGAUGAGCACCGCGCGGCUCUUUUGCUGACGCUGUGUAUGCGCACAUUCCGCGACCAAGUGAUUAUUUUCGUGCGCAGCAAAAAGCUGGCGCACCAGCUAAAGAUCAUCUUUGGUCUUCUGGGCCUUACCGCGGCGGAAUUGCAUGGCGAUCUCUCGCAGGAGCAGCGUCUGCAGUCGCUUACGCACUUCCGUGACGGCAAAGUCGACUUUUUAUUGGCGACCGACUUGGCGAGUCGUGGUAUUGAUAUCCGCGGUGUACAAACGGUCAUCAACUACGAUAUGCCCGCCCAACUUGAGCCGUACUUGCACCGCGUCGGUCGUACGGCACGUGCUGGGCGUCAGGGUCGCGCCGUGACGCUCGUCGGCGAAUCGGACCGUCGGUUGCUCAAGGCCGUGCUGAAGCGCACACCGCCCGAGCAAGUGAAGCACCGCUUGAUGCCCACCGAGAUGGUCCAGCAGCUCAGCGAGACCAUUGCCUCCCUUAAGCCUGAUAUCGAGCAGAUCCUGCAGGAGGAGAAGGAAGAGAAGGCUCUUCGGCAGGCGGAAAUGCAGGUACAAAAGGGCGAGAAUAUGAUUGCGCACCAAGAAGAGAUUUUCUCGCGCCCUGCGCGUACAUGGUUCCAAAGUGACAAGGCCAAGGCGCAAGCCAAGGAGGCAUCCAAGGAGGCGUACAUUGCCAAGAUGGACAGCAAGAAAGGCAAGGACCGAUUUGCAGGACUGUCGCGCAAGCAGCGGCGGAACAAGAUCAUGCGCGAAGAAGACGCCAAGGAAACCAACAGAGGCGAGGUCGAUGCGGCCAUUCGUGCUGCCAAGCGUCAGCAGCGGCCUACUCAUCUGGGUGCACCCAUGGCCAAGAUGGCUCAGGCGCCGAAGAAGAAGCGGAAAAUCACCACGGCGUUGCGCUCUAGUGGCAAAGGCGGUGCGUUUGGCAGUGAUAUGAGUUCGUCCCGCUCGCGCGGCCCCAAGCGACGCUAG